AGAACUCGCCGGCGCCAGUCGAUUUCCGAGCGCCGUGGGAUUCUCGCGUUCUACGCCGCGCUACCAUAUAUCGCGAUCACAACUUUGUGCACUGGAAACUUUCAAAGUUAUUUAUCUCCCGUAUCCCGCCCUGUUGCUAUCCCGGCUGACGGCUAUCAGGCGAGCCGCGUGUGCAGUGCUACCGAUCCCGUAUGCGAUAUCGGCGUGUUUUACAUUCGUUCUAUUUUUGAAUAUUCACUAAACGGUUCGCUUCUUAGUUUUCGAAACGCAGCCCGACAGUCGGGUUAACGGCCCCAGUGUGCAACGCCUCUUGUGUUUUUGUUAACGCAUAUUUGUUUUGUUAAUAACAACAUCUGUGGAUACCUCGACACGUUAUAACCCUUAAUGUCUGCUGCACCCGUGUAGUGCAUGCUGAAAGUGGUGAUGGAUAUGGAAUGACCUUUAAGUGGUAUUCCUGUGAUUAAUGUGGUAAUGACCAAUUGGUUUAAUGUAAGAUCUAUUAGUGACUAGUGUCGAACAGUGCUAGUGAUGUGAUUCUACGUAAGUGUCCUUGUAUGCCCGUUAUGUUCACGAAGCACGGCAGAACCCCAGAGCGGUGUUCUCACCUCUCACAUAGAAGCAAGAAGAAAAAGGCACCCCCGCACACACCCUGGAAAUACUUGAUGAAUUGCCCACUCGUUAGAAAAUGCUUCGGUCUUCAGCUGCGGAGUAUAGAAGAACCGCCAGGUGGCGCGGGCGGGGGCAUGCCCGCGCCAACCUGUUACGACGCGCAGUGUGCUCGCACAGAAGCCUGGCUCGACGAGAACCAGGAGUUCGUCCAUGAUUAUUUUUUAAGGAAAGCGACACGUCAAGUGGUGGAUGCGUGGCUGGUGUCACAUGCGACGCCACCCAGCGCCGAGCUCGCGUCUCCAUCCCGAGCUGGCUCCGGCUCUGGGGCGACUACACCCGUCAGGAAGAUAUCAGCACACGAGUUUGAACGCGGCGGUCUGUUGAAGCCUCUGGUCACUACUGUGGAUGGGACCCCCACCUUCCUGGGUGACCAGCCACACGCGACCCCCUCCAGACCUCAGCGACGGUCGCGACACGAGCUCAAACAGUUGGACGAGAAGGAGCUUAUAUUUGAAUUAGUGAAAGACAUCUGCAAUGAGCUGGAAGUGAGGGUACUCUGCCACAAAAUUCUCCAGAACGUCUCCAUCUUGUUGGAUGCAGAUAGAGGCUCAUUGUUCCUCGUUCAAGGAGAGAAGGCGUCCUCACCUAAGCCACAGAAUGGCAGGUGUUUGGUGUCGAAGCUUUUCGACGUGUGCUCGAAAUCAACGCCAGAGCAGAUGGAGCAACUUGAGGAGAUCAGGAUACCUUGGGGAAGCGGUAUCGUGGGCUACGUGGCUGAGAGUGGUGAACCUGUUAACAUACCUGACGCCUACAAGGAUGAGAGGUUCAACCACGAUAUCGACCAGCAGACGGGCUACAAGACCCGCUCUCUACUCUGUAUGCCUAUUAAGGAUAUCAAUGGAGAAGUCAUCGGAGUGGCGCAGGUAAUAAAUAAACAAAACGACGGAAUCUUCACGCCGACCGAUGAGAAAGUGUUCGCGUCGUAUCUGCAGUUCUGUGGGAUCGGUCUACGGAACGCAACGCUCUACGAGAGGUCCCAGCUCGAGGUGAAGAGGAACCAGGUGCUGCUGGACCUCGCCAGGAUGGUGUUCGAGGAGCAGAGCACGAUAGAGUUCAUGGUGUUGAGGAUACUGACACACACACAGAGCCUGAUACGAUGCCAACGGGUGCAGGUACUGCUAGUCCACGAGGCAUCCAAAGGCAGCUUCUCGCGAGUGUUCGACCUGGAGGCAGGCGAUGACGCCGAGCCCGGUACUCCACGGACUUCGCCCUACGAGAGCAGAUUCCCGAUCAACAUUGGCAUAACGGGAUAUGUGGCUACUACUGGUGAGACGGUGAACAUACCUGACGCAUACAUGGACCCUCGCUUCGACCCGUCAGUGGACGAGGGUGCUGGCUUCAAACACAAUACCAUACUGUGCAUGGCUAUCAAAAACUCUGAAGGUCGCAUCAUUGGUGUCAUACAGCUCGUCAACAAAUUCGACGACCUCCUGUUCACCAAGAACGAUGAGAACUUCGUGGAAGCGUUCGCGAUAUUCUGCGGUAUGGGGAUCCACAACACACACAUGUACGAGAAGGCGAUCACCGCGAUGGCGAAACAGAGUGUCACUCUAGAUGUGUUAAGUUAUCACGCUUCAGCCUCAUUGGACGACGCGCACAGAUUGCGGACGCUAAGGAUACCGUCUUCCGCGCACUUCAAACUUCACGAUUUGGAGUUCGACGAUAUCGAGAUGUCAGACGAGGAGACAGUCCGCGCCUGCCUGCGGAUGUUCCUCGACCUGGACUUCGUGGAGAGGUUCCACAUCGACUACGGCGUCCUGUGCCGCUGGCUGCUCAGUGUCAAGAAGAACUACCGCAACGUCGCUUACCACAACUGGAGGCACGCCUUCAAUGUCGCUCAGAUGAUGUUCGCUAUUCUCACUGAAACCCAGUGGUGGAAGAUAUUUGGCGAGCUCGAGUGUCUGGCGCUCAUCAUCGGAUGUCUGUGUCAUGACCUGGACCAUCGGGGGACCAAUAACUCGUUCCAAAUUAAAGCAUCUUCACCCCUCGCACAGCUAUAUUCCACCUCGACCAUGGAGCAUCAUCAUUUCGAUCAGUGCCUCAUGAUUCUCAGCUCUCCCGGGAACCAAAUCCUGGCAAACCUGUCAUCUGAGGACUACGAGAAGGUGGUCAAAGUCUUGGAGGAUGCAAUCCUAUCUACCGACCUGGCUGUGUACUUUAGCAAACGCAAGGCGUUCAUAGAGGCGGUGAGUUCGGAGCGGUCGGUGUCGGUGACAGGUGCGAGUGGGCCGGUGUCGGCCUCGUGGAGCUCGUGCGGCGAGAGGCGCGGCCUGCUGCGAGCCAUGCUGAUGACGGCGUGCGACCUGGCCGCCAUCACCAAGCCGUGGCCAGUCGAGCGCCGAGUGGCCGCACUCGUAGCCGGCGAGUUCUUCCGCCAGGGAGACCUGGAGCGACAGAACCUGAACCUCACGCCUAUUGACAUAAUGAAUAGGGAUAAGGAAGACCAACUACCGGCUAUGCAAGUGAAGUUCAUUGAUACGAUUUGUCUGCCCAUCUACGAGGCGUUUGCGGUGCUAUCACCCGCGCUACAGCCGUUGUUGGACCGCGUGAAGAGCAAUCGAGCGCAUUGGAUCGAGCUGAAUGACCGCAACGAGAAGUUCGAUUAUGGCCAGGAGCUGCACAAUGACAAGUCCAGCAACAGCUCUCACGUGGACGACACGGAGCCCUACGAGGGCGACAGCAGCGGCGCCGUGAGCCUCUCCUCCGAGACCAACUCCAGGUACGACAACCUGGAGAACCCUGUGGUGGGGCUGGUGUGCAGCAACGCCCUGAUGCGGGACAAGUUCUGUCAUAUCAAUGAUGUCAACUAGGUGGUUAGGGCGACCAGUGGCCAACUGUCAGGGUGAUUCUUCUGUCUAUUAAGACGAGACAGUUAUUCAAAGCAGAAGAAGCAAAGACCGGUAACGCUCGGACCAAUCGUCUAUACCAGUAUAAUACAUAUACUAUAUCAGAUAGAUUCAAUGUUUAAGUUUAUGGAUAAUGCGUCAUUUGGACUGUCGACUUAGUGGUUAAAGCGCUGGGGCGAAUCCCGAGAGGCGCGGGUCCAAAUCCCGCAUCGUCCAAAAUACUAGUUUGUAAAUUAAAUUUAUGUAUUUAACCCAGAAGCGAAGGAAAUCACUUUAAAAAUAAUAAAUUACUUAGGAAUGAAAGAAUAACAUCUAAAGUCAAUUUUCUAAUAUGCAUUUACUUAUUUGGCUUAGUAGAUGGCGCUGAAACGAGAGAGGAACUCACCAAGAUUUAUGGAUAGUACAUUAUUCGGAUUGUAAUUAUUAUGACGGGUACACACGAUAUAUAUUUUAUUAAUUUGGUGCUGAUAUUUCGAUCCAAUUGCAUGAAUCGUGGUCACGGCGGAACUGUGUGGUUAAAGCGGUGGGCGUAUCUCGAGAGGUGCGCGUUUGAAUCCCGCUCUGUCCAUAAAUAUUGGUAUUUACAUUAAAUUUGUAUAUUUAAUCCCAGAAGUGAUGAAAAUCAUUUAAAAAUAAGAAAUUGAUUCAAUAUUAAUAAAUGUAAUAUCGUUCGUAUUAUAACUUGGUUUAGGCAAAACUUGUAUCCUUACUUGUAUCCAUGUAUUAAGUGUUAAUUCGGUCUGAACGGAAGAGAAAACGCAAUAUAUACAGUAAACAAUUUUAUUACUUGUUUUCUUUAAUUAUUGUACCUAUUUUGACGUCAAUAAAAGAAUCGUACAAGAAUAAUAAUGUACAUAAGAUACAAAAGAUGAAGUUACUUUUAACACUCACAACGAUCGAUUACUUAUAAUAUACAACUACUAAAUAUUAGUUCAUAUUGUAAGUUAUUAUAUCUAUGUAUAAAUAACACGAUUUUAUAUCAAAUCUAUGUAAACACUAUCUUCAAUUAUUAUUAUUAAAUAAUUCUCGAAAAUUGCUUUGAAUAGUUUGCCAUUGGCCGCGUAUCCUUAAAGCCGAAACAGAUGAUCGAUUAAAAGUAGAUAGUUUCAAUUAUAAAAUCUCUUAUCUUUUUUAGUCGCUCGUCUGUGUUGUGCCUAAGUGUAUUGUAUGUAGUUGUAGUAGGUGUGCUUGCGAUGUGGACUGUGUGAUAUUUUAUAGAUGAUAAUAAUUUUAGUGGAAUUAGGAAUUCGCUUAGCGCCAGGCGUAACUUCGAAGACGUCGUUCCAUUGAUGCAUUAUUUUUGUAACUACACUACUUAGGUCUAACGUAACCAGCGAUGGAUAUAUAAAUACAGUGAUAGUUCUGAUUCAUUUACCUCAGUCAUCUAUUCCUACUACGUAAUUGAUAACACGAAUGUUUUUCGUGUGUUCUAGCUAUUUAUGUCAUUUACGAUAUCUCGUAAGAUAUAUCCUAAUUGAAUUUAGGUUUAUUGUUUCGGGGCCUAACUAUAUUAAUUAAUGUAACCAGAAUACCAAAAAAAAUUUUUCUAGUUAGGUCGCUCUAAAUUAUUGCUUAUUCGGACCCGGAUAUGUAUGGGGAAUUGUUAUUAGAUAUACAGUUAUUGUAGCAAAGCUUAUUUUUGUGUUAGUAAGGUUCGUUCUGUGUCCAUAAUUGGAGCAAAUUUUAUCUGUCGUAGUUCUUGUAUGGACAAUAAAACUUUGGGUCAGUGCUAGCGAAGUUGUGCAAACGGUGUUAAACUACGUGUUUAUCGAGUUGAGAGAUGUAAUUCAUUCGUUACUAGCUGGCCCAUUUAGUUGAUUCGUUUUGUAAAUAUCUUAAGUGAAUGUUUAGCGAUUUAACGUAAUUGAGUACUUACUUAUAUAUUUUGUUUUAGGUUCAUUGCUCGCUUUAAUAGUAGACAGGAAUGUCUCAGAAUAGAAAUUCGGAAAGCGUCAAUAAAAUUAGUAAAGUUUGCUUCCAGCAGUUUGGCGGUCCAUUUAUAUUUAGUUGGAACGUAGAUUCUGUAAAAUAUAAAAGUUACAUAUCAAAUUAUCAGUAACUACUACAAUGAUAGUGAAUUCCUUAAAUCUUUAUUUAUAGUUUCGAUGUGUUUCAUCACAAGAUGCUAAACUGUCUUUAUUCAUUGAUUAUCGGGUUACGAAAACUUUAGAUGUAACGGCUUACGUAUAAACGAACUAUAACCACGUCUUGUCAUCGAUCUUAUAAUCCAGAGAGUCCGUAGAGUAACUCUGUACGAUCUGUCAUCACCCUUUAUUAGACGUCUGUGUGAAAAUCCACGCGUGUUGUUUAUGUGAACGGCUUAUUGUAACUCAAUAGACUGCCACACAUGUAGCUGCCGUGGCAGAACCACUAUCGCCUGUAGAUGCUAUCCUGAACAUGCCACGGCACAGUACUAGCACAUGAGACAUUUCAUCCGGACUGUCAGUUUGAUGUGAUCGGUAUCAUUUUGCAUUUCGCUACAACUAAACAAAUUUUUAACUGUUUGUACGAAAACCGUGGAAUUAAAAAUAGUCUGAAGUGUGUGGACCGCCUUAAAUAUAGUGUUGUUAUUGAAUUGUGGUUAGAUUAGACCAUGUAACCAUUCCAAUUAACUUCUCAUACAAACAUUGUAUAAUUAUGUCGUCUACUAACUGAAACGUCAAUUAUGAUAAGUGAAUAUCAAUCUUGUGUAAUUAAAAUUUGAGUUCAAAAUCAUUUGUGCUUGUGCGUGUUACGAUAUAUUAGGUAUAGUCAAGUAACAGUCUAACUUUAUCUAGUUAAUAACUACAGUUUAUCUAAUACCACCGUUUUUAAAGAGUUUAAACUGUUUACUAAUUUUUAUCGGGUUGAUAAAUUGUUGAUUUAAAAAAUGUAAAUCUUUCUAUAUCGCUUAGACGCUUGAUAUGGAAGAAAUAAAUUCAUAUCUACAUCCAAUCCAACAUUUUAAAAUAUCUAAGUAAUAGGGUAUGACGAUUACAACACUAUGAAAUUUUGUAUUUUCUAAAACUAUAUAAAUCACAUACAGUAUGGAUUGCAUAUCUAUGAAAUAAAUAAAAAUAUAAGAAAUACUAGUGCAUAGAAGUAAAAAAGUGAAAUUUACAAACAAAAUAAAUAUUUAAAUAAAUUUAGAAUGACUAAACUCUCUGUACUGACAAUGUACAUUGACCUCUGGAGCAAAUCACGAUUUCGGCUUUUGAAGUCACCUCAAGAUGUGGCAAGGAGCGAGAAGCAAACAGUCGGCAACGUCGCUUUAAAUCUGUUCGAUGAACGACCAGUGACUUUGAGCUUGAAGCGCGCGGGAUGGCAACAUCGCAUAUUUGGUGUUCAAAUAUUCAAAUUCAUUGAAUCAUUGACCUAGUGAUAUUAUUUGCUCAAAAUGAAAAGUCUACAUUUUGAACUAAUUAGUAAAUGCAAUAACAAGUGUGUAGCCUCAUUUAAUUCAUAUAUGCAAAAUCCAUACUGUAUUACAUGCACUCUGGCCGUACACUGUGCUUAUGUCUAAAUUAAGUACUUACUGUAUUGAUUUGAUACCAACAAGUAGCAAAUGUUGAUUAAAACUUAAAUAUGAUUGAAAGUCCGGUCGUGCAGCGACGAAAGCGAUAGAACCAGUCCAAUGAACGAAUUUUUUGCUACGCGCCUGAAGUUCGAUAUAUAUUAAAACAUUGAUUUAAUAUAUAUAAGAAGAUUAUGCCUAUUUAUGCAUAAAAGAUGAUUGUAACAGGUUUUAAUCGUAUUAUAUUUUUUGUAUAUUAUGUAUAUUUUGUCAUAUUUUUUGCUUUAUAUAAAAUCACAACAGUUUUAAUACCCUCAAUUAAUGACCUUUGAAGUAACACCCUAUACCUAUUGAUAAUAUUAUAUUACAUUUCAUAUUUAAUAUUCUCCAACACUCUUUAUUGAGUAUAAUUAUUAAAACAAUUCCAAUAAAUUUUUAAAAUAAAUCAAUUUGCUAUCGACAAUUCGCCGUCGUUAAAUAUAUGACCAAUUUUUUUAAUGUUCUUAACAAAUAUUAUAUUGAAGUAGACAAAACUAUUUUGUAAUUGGAAUAACUCUCUCUAAGCGUUAGAUUAGAUAACUACAAUAAAAAUCUCAAAUUAUUGUAGUAUGAUGAAUGUACAAUGUUAACAUAAGAUUGCUGUAAGUAUUAUUAGUACCUAAUUAGUAAAUUUACGAUCGUAAUUCAAUAUGACGUAUUGUAUGAUGUGUGGACUAGUUAUGGAGGUUGUUUUGUUCCAAACAAAAAUGUUAUUUAUUUAUGAAUAAACCAAUUUUGAGAAA